GAACGGUUCUUAUCAGAAGCAGUAAUGGCCAACUAAUGCUAGUAUCUCAACAAGCAAUAGGACAAGCUCAGAACAAACCACACAAUAACACAAAUGUGAGGCCGUCUCUACCAACCAGCACACCUGCAAUCAGAAUAUGUGCUGUACAGAAUUCUGGCACCCAGUUACUAAAGAAAGUGGCAGCUACUCCUGUGAAACCAUUAUCUCAGACAACAAAUGCUGUGGCUUCUGCUGUUCAGCCACCUGUUGUAAUAGAGGAGAUGCUAGAGAAUGUGAAGAAAUGCAAGAACUUUCUUGCUACACUAAUAAAACUGGCAUCUAGUGGACCUCAAGCCCUUGAGAUGGGGCAGAACGUGAAGAAUCUGGUGCAAAACCUUUUGGAAGCAAAAAUUGAACCAGAAGAGUUUACAAAAAAGCUGUACAUAGAGCUCAAGUCGUCUCCACAACCGUAUUUAGUUCCUUUCCUCAAGAAAAGCAUGCUCGCCUUACGGCAGCUAAUGCCCAAUGCUCAGAGCUUUAUUCAGCAGUGUUUGCAGCAGCCAGCUCCAACCCAAGAAGCUGUUUCAACCUGUACCUCUGCAGCACCAACUCCUUCAAUAGCAGUGGCAAGCUCAGCUGUAGCAACAACUUCACUCCCAACUACAAAACCAGCAUCUGCCUCUGUAACAGUCACGGCUUCUCCAGUUGUACCACCAGUCCUUGCCAGCACGUCGGCGACAGCUUCUCUGCAGACUGUGAAGGCGGUUCCUUCCUCUACAGUGGUGACAGCGUCUCUUCAGCCCAGACCUUCGGUCCUUACUUCAACAUCAGGGCUGACUGCUAUCCCAGCUGGCAAGCCAGUCUUCAGCUCUGUGGUAGCAACGUCCUCUCUCCAGUCUGCAAAGACAGUGCUGAUCUCUACGGUGGCACCUUCCGCAACAACACCUCUCCAGCCUCCCAGACCAGCCAUGGGAACCCCAGUCAGUAUUAAAAUGUCACAGCCAAACUCCAUCGCUGCGCGGUCAGUGGGUGCUCAGCAGGUGGUUAAAGUGAAACACUUGGUAGUCCAGCAACCAUCAGGAACCAUUGUAAAGCAAGUAUCUGCACUUCCGCAACCCUCAACGCUGACCCUACAGACAUCUGCUGAGGAAAGGAUGCCACUGAAUACACUUGUUCGAACUAACCAAUUUCCUGCAGGUAAAGUGGAACCUCUUUAG